AUGACCAAGGUUGAGCAAUGUGGUACUGGUGCUGCUCUUUGCCAGGUCUUCGACAGCAUCUUCGGCGAUCUCCCCAUGGCUCGCGUCAAGUUCAACGUCAACACCGAGUACGCCUACAUUCAGAACUUCAAGAUUUUGCAGAACUCGUUCGCCAAGCAUCAGGUCGACAAGUCGGUCCCCGUCGAGGCCCUCGUGAAGUGCAAGAUGCAGGACAACCUCGAGUUCCUGCAAUGGACGAAGCGGUUCUGGGACCAAUACUACCCGGGCGGUGACUACGAUGCCGUCGCCCGACGCAAGGGCCAGGGCAUGUCAGCCGGCGCAGCAGGCGGGGCACCUCGGGCCGCGGCGGCCGGGGCCAAGGCGGCCCCGGCGUCGGCGGCGCUGCAGAACACGCAGCUCAAGGAGACGGUGGUGGGCCUCGAGCGCGAGCGCGACUUCUACUUCUCGAAGCUGAGGGACAUAGAGCUUCUCGUCCAGCAGGCGUGUGAGGAAGACCCGGAGCUGGACAAGGAGGAGGGCGGCCUGAUCAAGAACAUCCAGACGAUCCUGUACUCGACAGAAGAGGGCUUCGAGAUCCCCGAGGGCGAGGGCGAGGACCAGGAGACGUUUUGA